ACACCCACUUAUACCCGUGCGGGCGGAAGCGAGGGGUGAGGUGAGCGCUCUCACUACACAAGUCAUUCAGUGUCGCUAAAGGCUUCGAGGGAAUAGGAUGGGGAACCUGAGCUGUAUCCCGCACCGCCACCUCAGAUACUCCCUGAGCAGGAAGAACUCACUGCAGCAGGGCAAAGAGCAGGAUGGUAGAACCAAGUGGACAUACUUGUUUGGGAAUGAAAGUGGAGUUGGAAGAGAGAGAAUCUCAGACAACAUUCUACAUUAUAUCCCUGGGAAGGACUUUGGAAACCAUGAUAUACCCAAAGACAGUGUGGAUCAAAGAUUUCUCAGUAUCUUCAGAAAGGGCAAGAAAAAAACAAUUGUCAGGAAUAUGGGACAAAUGAUUCACUACUCCAAAGUGAAAUUCUGCUUCCAGAACAGCCAGGACAUUAGUGACUGUUACUUGGAGUUGUUUCAGUCCCACCUGUAUUUUCAGUCAAGAGGUCCCACUGGUUUGACCUAUCAGGGACUGGUGCCGCUAAAGGAGCUGAGUAUAUAUAAACUGGAGUGCUCCAAAGGUCCUGCUAACCAAGCGCAAGAGUAUGCAUUCCGGAUAACAGGUCCCUUGCUGAACCCUCUGAGUGUCUAUUGUUCAAGCCAGCAAGAGUUGCAGAAGUGGUUGUACCACUUGGAGAAACAGAUCCAACUUAACGGGGGCAACCUAGAUGUGAUAUCUGCAAUUGAGGGAAGCAAUGAUAGCAACUGGGAGAAAUCUGAACUCAGAAGAUCUGUGCAAAGUCAGCCGGUCCAGGACUGGGAGGAAACACAGAGAGAAUCACUGGGCUCCAUUACCUGCAUCUCCAAAGUCAAGCUGCAGACAUUGCCUUUCAAGGAGCUCAAUGAAAGACUAUUGGUGCUUUAUCCAAGUUCUUUAGUCAUACUCUCUGAGGAAGGGAAACAUCUAUGCUUCAAGGGGGAGCUUCCAUUGAAAGCAAUACGGGUAGUUUCAGAUGAGGCAGAGAAGAAAAGGAAGUCAUUUUUAAUAGAAGGAAGGUACAUUAAUACCAUCAGGGUGAUGUGCCUUAAUCAGAUGGAUUAUGAAGAGUGGAUUGAACACCUGAAAAGGGCACAGCAGCAAAACAGGGAUUCCUCUCUCUCUGGUUCCAGCAGCUUUUGUGGAUCACACUCUGCUCAACAGGAACAGCUAACAACAAGCUGCAGGAGUUCAUUUACCUCAGAAAGUCACAGCAAAUCAUGGGCCUCGGUGGGCAAAUUGCCCAGCUCCAACCGCCAGUCUCACAGCACCACACAUGGCUCUGACCGCCAGUCAAUCACCGUCCUCCAAGAACAUCCAGUGCAAGAUGAUCCCCUGUCUCCUGGAUAUUCAGAACCUGUACAUUGUUUCGGAAAUCCAGUGUGGUCUAGUGCAACAAAUGGCUUGAGUGAUCUGCAAAGAGGUGGUAUUAAUCGUGGAUCAAAAAGAAGGAGCAACGUCAAGGUGCCAAUUCCAUCAGCCCUGCCGCACAGCUAUGACCUAGAAACAACAGCAUUUGGCUUGAUCCCUGAGACACCUAGUGAGGAAGUCCUGUCUCCUGUAUACAAAGAGCCAUAUUGCUAUGAGAAAUCUCAGAAGCAUUCUUCCGGGGACCAUCAUGAUGAGGUAAACAGGUGGAGUCUGCAGUCAGACAGCCAACAAUCUUCUUACCACUCUGAUUCCAACAAUGUGAAGUCCUCACUAUAUGCUGAACCUUACACUCCCAUAGAUGGCCUUGAAAACAAUUUUAUGGAUGAGAUUCUAAAGAACCUGAAUAUGAGCCAAACUGAAAAGCCUGCUUCAAAACUGAAGACCUCUGGAUCGUUCCAAAUAAGCCACACCCCACAUCUAGCCCUGCAGAAAAAAUAUUCUCAUCCAGUGAAGGGAAACAAACAACUUGUCAGACCCCUAAUGCACAGGAACAGUGAACUAGAUACCUCGGCGCACAUAAGGGCCAUACCAUCUGCACAGGGGCCCUUUUUCAAAAGCGUGUCAGCACUCAAAGAAGAAAUUGCAAUUUCUUAUCGCAAUAAAGAAGUUGAAGAUAUGUUUGACCUUCCCCCAACUCUGGAGCACGAUUACGCAGAACUGCAGAGCUUUCACAGCGACCUCAGCUAUGACAAUAUUUGGGACUAUGAAGCAAAGGAAAAAGAUCAUCACCACUUCUCACCCCCUCCAUUCCCAGAAUAUGUCAAUCCCGGGGUUCAGCAGAGCAGGGCCAUUCCGAGCCGGUGGUUAUAAAUGCCUUAGAAUGGAUUAAUACACCAUGGAGAUAUGGCAAAGACACUGUGAUGGACAUACUGCUGGUUGUUUCUUAUAACAACGGUACCUCCACGGAACUUAGUUGGCAUUAAACUGUCAUGAGAUGACAAGUCUAAUGACUGCCAAGCAGUAAUAUCCAGUCAUACUGCCUUUUUUCCAUCCACGAUUUCUGUCUUGUUUUUUUACUGCUCCAGAGGUUUUUAAAUGGCUGAUGGGAAACUGGAACUGUUAUAAUACCAUUAUCAUCACUGAAAGUCACUCACAUCUGCGCUGUGUAUAUUAUAACAAGUGCUGUUGUCUUUGCUUUGGCACCUCUGCUUUUGCAUAACUCUUUCACUGAAUCCUCCCAUCCCUGGAGCCUGACUCACAAAGUAUUCAUUGCAGUUAUGGAACUCCUUCAUUGUAAAAUGCAACACUCCCUGAUAAUUUCUAACGUCACUCCCAAAAUGCAAAUACUUCCCUGCCAACACAUAUUUUAAUCCUACUUUAAAAAUUACUGCCGCAGAGGCUUUUUUUUUUCUGGGAAAGGGCAAGUACCCAGCUGGAACUGUGGCAACAUUCUAAUGAGGGUGGCCGAAUAUACAUUGAUAUAUUUGUGAAGAUUCUCAUUCAUCCAGUUCAUGGUAUAUCUAUAGAAAUAAGUCAAAUCAACUGGACUUGCUGUGUUUUUCUUGAAAAACACAGCAAAAAACACAGCAAGUCCAGUUGAUUUGACUUAUUUCUAUAGAUAUACAUUCAUAUACUAAGCUUGCGUCUCAGGAACGCUUACAAUACUUUAACUAUAUUGCCAAAGAGCGUGGUGGAUUGUUUACAACAGGAAACUGUAUUAAUGUAAAGUUAAUUUAAUUAUUUGCUUACAAAGACCUUGAUUUUUUUAUACUGGUUUUAAGGGUCAUCUUGACUAUAUUUAACAUUUAAUAUUUAUUUUAAAGAUUGUUUUGCACUGUUUAAAUAAUGUACAUAGUUUGUAUAUAACCCUGUUUUGGGAGGGUGGGAGCUUUAUUUUUGUUUAUUAAGCUUUGUUAGGUUUGAAAAUAAAAUCUCCAUGUUUCCUAUUG